AUGAGUUAUAAAACAGAACAAGUAGUAUCUGCAAGCUACGUAACAAGACCAAAGGAAGGUUUCAUGCAUAUCGCCGAUCACCAUGGUGUAGUUGUCAAGACCAACCAAGGUAACAAUUAUCUAAUACACAGUGUUCCAUCGUCUGGUGUCGUUGUUACCGAUGCCAAGUAUAUGACUGGUAAUUGGAGGGUUGAUCAUCCGAUCAAUGUAAGAGGUGCCAAGACUGUUCAUGGUGCACAUCCGAGUGCAUCGGGAAGAUCUCUCAACCCAAUGGUAAACUACGUCACAAGUGGUAGUUGUAUCAUGUCUGCUAAAAAUGCUGAAAACUAUCUUUUAAAUUAA